CUCAUUUACUCACUUAGUACGACAUAAACUCCUCAUUUACUCACUUGGUACUACAUAAACUCCAAAGAGAAUCCAGGAGGCUGCUAUCAAAGCUCCAAAUCCCAGAAGGAAGCCAAUAAAUAACCAGAUUCUAGCUCCUACAAAAUACAAAUAAUAUGCUUAUAAAAGUCUUUGAGUGAUUUCUCAAAUGUAUAUCAUUGAUCACAAUUCAGAAAUGGAUGUCCAUUGUCGAAUUAUCAACAGUAAUGGAAAAAUGAAAUAAGUUAUGGUUUGACCACCCUCCCUCCCCUAACAAAAUUCUAAAUGUUGUUUUCUUUUUCACUUGACUUAUCGAGGGUUUCAUGCAAAAAGGUGCCAACUACAUUUUUUAUCAAAAAUGAGUUAUUGAUACCAGGCUAUAGAACAAAACAUAAGCUAUGUAAUGGUAUACUUGAAUUCUCUCAAUAUGAUAUAUAACUUGAUAUAAUGUUGCAUAACAAAAGGUUCUAUCCAACUAGGAACAGUUUCUUCCAUGCAAAAAGGUGCUAAGUCAUUUUUACCUCCCGCAAAAAGGUUCUAUGUUAUCAAUGGAACCUUUUUGAAUGUCAACAAAAGUCACUUAUUAAAACCUACUUUGACUUGGGCCCUUUUAUAUUUCACUGUCUAUAUGUUUUAUGUGUUUGUCUGUUUCUUUGUCUGUCUGUGAUUUAGUUGAUUUAAUAGGAUCACUGUGUAUACUACAGUUUUAUCUGUGUAGACUGUAGACCAUGCAUUUUAAUAUAUUCCUAGCCACAACAGUGACCAAUUAUACCCUAUUAUUCAAAUAUUGAAGCCUAAUGGCUGUGAUUUUGUAAUGACUUAGUCGUAUCCCAUUAAUACCUAAUGCAGAGAUUACUAGAUUAACAUCAUUGAACAAUAUGAUACUAGAACUCUAGAUGAUACCAUGAGAUGUUCGACUGGCCACAGACUAACCUUAUAAUGUAUAUAAGGAAUCGACAAGGGAUGAUGCCUCAGAACCACCAGUCACUGUAACCAAAUAAUAGAACCUUCGCUUGACACAUCCCAAAUAUUAGCAGCUUUGGAAUCAUGUUCCCCAAAAAUGGAACCUUGUAGUGAUGACUUCCCAUUAUCGCCAGGUUUUGAAUUAUUUCCCAAAACAAUGGAACCUCGGAGUGACGCCUUCUAUAUAUCAUCUACUACUCCAACAGAUCCCCAAAUAAUGGCAUCCGAGAGUGAUGAUGCCCCAUUGUCAAUCAUCAGCAAAACAGGUAACCAAAUAGUCGAACCUCAGAGUGACAAUGUGCCGAUAUCAACAGCUACUGUAAAAGAACCUCAGAUAAUGAAUCCCAUGAAUGUCAACGCCUCAAUGUCACCAUACACCGAAACAGGCCAUCAAAUAAAGGAACCCACUACUGAUGGUCCCCAACUAUUCCCACACACAGAAAAUGAUCCCCAAGUGUCUCAACAUACAAGAGCAGAUUCCAAAACAAUAUCCAAGCAAGGUAUAUCAGUUUCCCCCAAAAUAAAGCCAAGUGUGAGUGAUACAAAUACUUUCAAUGAAUCAGACAAUGAGCCACUUGCUAACCUGCUAUAUCAUGAUAUAGAAUCACCUUUAGAUGACUCUUAUAAUGAUUCAGACUACCGCCCACCAAGGUAUGACUCAUCAGAUUCAUCAUCAAAUUCAUCUGAGCUGAUAGAUAUGGAGCUUUCAGAUGAGGACAUUGAAGCCUACAAACCUCAUCAUGAACCAAGAACCAAUAUGAAACGAAGGAAAAUAGAACAUCAGACAAAGACAUACUCGAUUAAAAGACACAAAUGUGUCCGUACGCUGAAACAACCUAACAGCCCAGGCAGAACAGACAUGGCCCAAGCUCUAAGAAGAAGCAGAGACGACGCUGAAAGGCAUGAUAAAAUUGUUAAUGCACAUACAAAUAACUGCAAAGCUUGUUGAAAAGUAAUGGGCAGAUACUUGAACAGAUACCAGGAGAUGGUGAUUGUUUCUACCAUGCAGUUGGAUUAAUGUUUAAUCAAACAGCAGAUCAUAUAAAGGAGGAAAUAUGUCUUCAUUAAGAAGCUUUCUCUGAAAUCUACAUGGAGUUUGUUCCAGAAGGUGAAUCUUAUUCUAAAGUAGUACAAGACCUUAGAUCAUCCUGGACUGCACUAGCGGGUGAUUUCCUUCCUUUAGCAGUAGCAAAGGUGUUUCAAGUAAAUCUCACUAUAUUCACCACAAAACAAGAUCAGCCAAUUAUAAACUUCUCCCCAAAUAUGGGAAUCCAAACCUCAUCUCCAAUAAAGG